CCUCGCCCGGCCCCGACGUCGACGGGGAGCGCCCGGAGCAACGACAUCCCGCUGUCGCGUGUUACUGCACUGCGUAGGCCGUCCGCAUAUAUAUGUACAUACACGCGUCCGCUAGCUGCUCCUCCAUCCCGCCUCCGUGCUCUCCAUCGACCAUCGCAAUACCUCCGUCACAAACCAAACUCUGUUCCUUCGUACGUGAACCUAGCAGCAACAUGCUCGACGCGGCAACCAGAGCAGCCGGCGGGCUGGCGCGCUCGCUCGUCAUCGCCGCCUUCGGCGCAGCCGGCACGGUGAUCGGCGGCGUGCUCGGCCUCCUGUGGGGCUUCGCCAACGAGGACGGCCUGCUGCAGGGCACGGUGGUCGGGGCGGUCACGGGCGCCCUCGUCUCCGUGGAGCUCUCCGACUCCCUCCUCAGGAUAUGGACCUGCGGCGACUGCUCCAUGGACGCGCGCGUCAAACGCACGCGUCUGGUGCUCCGGAGCGUGGCGGCCGGCCGCCUCCUACGCGGCUCGUUGUUCCCGACCAUAAGCGGCGCGCUGGACAGCCAGAUCGAGGCGCUGCAGCAGCACCACUCCCCCCGAGGCGACCUGUUCGAGCCCAGCUCCGGCCCGGUGACGGCCGCGCGGAGGGCCGCCGUCGAGAGCCUCCCGGCGACGGUGCUCACCAAGGAGGCCGCCGCCGCGGGGCAGCACACUACCUGCCCCAUCUGCCUCCACGAGUUCCAGGCCGGCGAGAGCGCCAGGAGGCUGCCGGCGUGCGGCCACGUGUUCCACCUGGCGUGCAUCGACAGCUGGCUCUUGUGGAAGCCCCACUGCCCCAUGUGCCGCCACGCCGUCUACUAGUCUAGCCCCCCGCCGGGGAACAAACGAACGGAGGAACGGCGUCCGGCGCCGGCGGCGUUGCUGCAGAGGAGUACAUCGGUCUCACGAAGCAGAGGGCUCUGGAGUCCUGUCUCGUGAUUUUUGUGUCGCUGUACGGAAAGAAAGAUGCAGAUGCUGAGCUAUACGUAUCGCUCAAUUUGUGGUAAUGUCUCACUCCUAGAACCGGGCCACAGCAUUUCUGCAACCAACUCCCUGUCUGUCGCUGAGAUGGCGAGAGGCGAACGAACGAACGGACGGACGAGAUCACAUUUAUUGA